AACGUCUCCUCCCCGUGCACGACUGCUUCAAAAUCAAGAUGGCUGCCCACAGUGCUGUGCUUUCGGUGUCCAAAAUCAUUAAUCCUUUUUGGGGUGGACGCCUUGGAAAUACGGUUAAAGUAUUUGGAACAACGCUGAGCACCCACAGGAAUAAGACCAUACUUACUGGAGAAAACAUUCCCCCUCCUGCAAAGUAUGGAGGCAGACACACCGUGACCCUCAUACCUGGAGAUGGAAUCGGCCCGGAGCUAUUCAAUCAUGUCAGGGAGGUUUUCAGGUUCAGCUGUGUGCCAGUGGACUUUGAGGUGGUGCACGUCAACUCUGCCAUGGAGACUGAGGAUGACAUCAAUGAUGCCAUCACUGCCAUCCGCCGUAAUGGAGUUGCCCUUAAAGGUAACAUAGAAACCAAACAUACCAUGCCGCCAUCUGUCAAAUCCAGAAAUAAUCUCCUGCGCACAAGCUUAGACCUGUAUGCCAAUGUGAUGCACUGUCAGUCCCUCCCUGGAGUCCAGACUCGCCACAAGAACAUUGACAUCAUGAUCAUCAGGGAGAACACGGAGGGAGAGUACAGCAGUCUGGAGCACGAGAGUGUAUCAGGGGUAGUGGAGUGCCUGAAGAUCAUCACCAAGAACAACUCCCUCAGGAUUGCCGACUACGCCUUCCGUCUGGCACGGGAGAAAGGACGCCGCAGGGUCACUGCCGUGCACAAGGCUAACAUCAUGAAACUGGGCGACGGCUUGUUUCUGCAGUGCUGCAGAGAAGUGGCCUCCGGUUACCCCGACAUCACAUUUGACAGCAUGAUCGUGGACAACACCACCAUGCAGCUGGUGUCCAAACCUCAGCAGUUUGAUGUGAUGGUGAUGCCUAAUCUGUACGGGAACGUGGUGAGCAACGUGUGCGCCGGCCUGGUGGGAGGACCAGGACUCGUGCCCGGGGCGAAUUACGGCCGCAACUACGCAGUCUUUGAAACCGCCACCAGGAACACGGGGAAAAGUAUUGCAGACAAGAACAUUGCUAACCCUACUGCCGUGCUCCUGGCUAGCUGCAUGAUGUUGGACCACCUUAAGCUUUACGAUCACGCUACCUCCAUCCGGAAUGCAGUCCUCACCACAAUGAAUGAAACCAGGUUGCACACAGCUGAUCUCGGAGGCCAGGGCACCACAUCAGAGGUGGUCCAGUCUGUCAUGAGGAUCAUCCAGAGUAAAGGACAGCUCAUUACGCUGCUCUAAUACACCGCUACUGACAGCACACGCACGCACACACUCAGUCAGCGGUGUGAAUUUAAACAGGUGGGACAGGAGGGACAGGUGUGCAGGAUAUCCUGGCAUCUCUGUUUCCAUAGCAUCGUGUCUUUAUUUUUUUCAUGUUCACACGGCUUACUUACCCCUUCACUGUACAAUCGACCUUUUAUCCACACCUGCGUGUUUCACAUUACCCGUACUUGCCUCGUUUUAGAACGGUUUGCUCUCGAUAAAACUCCCUCACGACUCGUGUUGGAAGACGGCUCAUACUGUAAAGAUAAAUUUUAUUGCCAGAGUUCACGAGGUUGAUUCAGUUGAAAAUCUGGCUGCCUUUAUAGGUCGUUAUGCAACACGUCAUUUGUCGGAGUAAAUAUUUAUAAACCUGCGUAAUAUCAUCGCCUUCUCUGCAUUCUUCAUAGUAGAUUAUUUAUUGUUCAAAUUCUAAAUAUGUAACGGCCAAUUAUAACGUGCCAUGUACAUUUAACGGUUCAACUUCUUUUCAUCCUAUAACUUUAAUAUCAAGUUAUCUAUUGUAAACGGUUACGUCCAUAAUGUUCACAUCAUGUUGAUUGUACAUUAAAAAUGGCUGCAGCUUUUUCAUUAACACUGUGUCAUCAUCAUAGGAGGAGAGCAUCAAGUAUUAUCAAGUCAAAGCUGAUCAUCUAUGCUUAUGCAAUAAUAUUCCGGGGAGGGGUCCACUAUCAUAUUAUUGUCUUAAAGUCCAAACAGAUGAGGACUCUUAAAGCGUGAUGUAAAAAGAUGGUUUUCACCAUGUUUUGUGGGUGAUUGUGGAUACUGUAAAACAUCACUGUUACCAAUAAAGACCUAUUGAAAUGA